UACGACUGCUGUGUCACGAUCCACAUGUGACGGCCAUCCUCACGGGCAGAGCAUCCAGGCUUCUCCCUCGUUCCAGUGGCUUCCCCUGUUCAAGACGAAGCGAGGGAGAGUGUGUGACUGUGGGACAGAAGAGAGGGAGAGGGAGGAGGUGAGACUGAGACAGAGGGAGGAGAGAGUAAUGCUCAGACAAUCAGUGUGUGUGAGAGAGAGGUAGAAACAAGAGGAGCUGGCUGGGAAACAAUAGUAGAACAAAUCCAGUGUUGCAUGCAGAAUCUCAGCUUCUCUGCUGCCGGCGCUGAAGAGUGUGGGUGUUGACUGGCUUGACCGUGGAAAACAGCAGAUAAUGUGGGCAGCCAGGUUUGGAGAGACAUGCACACUCAGUCAAUCACUAAAACUGGCAAAAAAUUCCAUGAGAAGCUGUCUGGAGACUAAGAUGGAUUGAGACAGCUGAGGAUGGAGCAGCCUGAAGAAGCCACCCUCUUGCCACCUUUCUCCUUACAACUUCCAGACUUUGACCCCCCUCUGUAUUAGCAGGAACAGGAGAAGUUAAAGUCACCCCCCACCCCCCACCCCCCCACCACCUAUUGUAAGACCCUAUUAUAUAACAUUGCCGAAAAAAAGGACAGAACUGGGAUUAAGAAGCAUUUUCAGAAAGCAACAGCGUGACUUAUUGGACAUCCUGCGAGGAGGAUCAGGAGCCCCAGGGUGUCCCGAUCAUGAAACCUUUGAUCUCCGUGGGUCCCCCCUCUGGCCUCCUGCUGGUCUUGAUGUGCUGCCCCCUGCUGGGCUUGGUCCAAUCUGCCAGCAGCAACAAGGGCAGUGAUAAUGCACACCCACACCUGGGUGAAAGUGACCCAGACCGCUGCAUGAGGCACCACUUUGUGGAGACCAUCACGCACCCAAUUUACAAAUGCAACUCUAAGAUGGUGUUGCUGGCGCGCUGUGAGGGCCAUUGCAGCCACACCACCCGCUCCGACCCCCUCAUCUCCUUCAGCUCAGUGCUCAAACAGCCAUUCAAGAGCUCCUGCUCCUGCUGCCGGCCACACACCUCCAAGCUGAAGGCAGUGAGGCUGCGCUGCGCUGGUGGGACUCGCAUUACAGCCACUUACAGAUACAUCCUAGCCUGCAAUUGUGAGGAGUGCAGCUGAGCAGGCAACAACUCCCUCCCAGACCCUCAAGACUCUCAAGAUCCAGCAUUUUUCUUGGCCUUGGACCUCAUUCUAAAGCUGCUCUGAGUAUUUGGUUGAUUAUUGGAUCAGAAAAUUGCCCCAGAGAUGCUUGUCGUUAACUUGGGAGUGAAAGUUUUGAGGAAUCAGAUCACCAUCACAUGGUCUUCAGCCCUCGGGACUCCAAUAGAACAUACUAUACCUUCUCCAUUAUGUACAUUCAAUCAGUGCAAACCAUGCACAGCACAUUGCUCCAGCUCACAAGUCCAUACACCACAAACUGCCACUCCCAUGGGCCAGAUUGAGACCCUCCUCACUGCAGAGACACGCUGCACUCAUUACAGGUCUCUGUAAUCCAUAACACAGACACUCACCAAGUGUGAGAGCUCAUUACAUGUAUCUGCAGCAGCCAGCAUGCAUUUGACAACAAAACAACACGCCUCAUUAGGAAGCAGCAUGGGAAAGCCUGAGGCCUUGACGGGAACGAGGGGGUCGACAUGAGCCCAGGCUCAUAUGGUGGACGUAUAGAGGAGCACCUGCACCCUGCUUUCUACCCCAAUAACAUUUUACACACUCCCUGCAGACUUUCAUCUAGCUGUGUAAAACACGACCAAUGCUGACAGCAGAGCUCGUCAAGCGCACAAUAAAUGCGCCCGUGAAAGAGGACCCCUGAGGAUGAAAGAUGAGCAAGGAUGAAGAUGUGACCAGCCUCCGGGCGGUGGCGUGGUGCAGACUAUCUAGAAACUGUCAAAAGUGUUUGUUAAAAGUGUAUUCUAUUUGUGACGUUACAGUCGGCAUUAUUGUAACUCUGCAGCCUUUUUUCAAUCAGCUCGUUGGAUAAAACUGUCGUGUAUCAUUACUCAUGACAUGUCCAGUAUUUUGAUUGGAGGACGCUCCAACUGUUAAAACAGCUCUAUGGUUGCUCUGCAAACGUCUGUGAAGCCUGAAUACAGAACCUACAACUCUCCUGCAUUUCAUUCUGCCUGUGUGAGUCGUUGCGCUGCGUAACUUCGGCGCUGUCAUCUAGAUUUAAAACAUCUCAUUGUUCCAGCUGUGGCUUUGAUAUAAUUAAAACUCUUUGGAUGGAAGGAAUUCAGUGGUUACGUUUCAGAUUUUAAGGAAUAAAUAAAGGAAUUUAUGGAAGCAAAGAAAAACUCAACAGAAACUUUUAAAAAUGUCAUUUUAAUCUGAACACUUAAACCUGCUCUGUGGAAUUUUAUGGGUUUGUUUUAGUUUUAUUUUAAGAACAGUUGUACUCUUUUUCUUUAGUGGUGUGUUGUUGUGUAUGUUGGCCCUGUUUCACUUCGAGCUCCUUACAUAUUUAAACUUUUUCAGGACCCCCCUGGCAUUGCAUUGUAACAUAGGGAUAUUUUUUCAUUUUCUAUCAAACAAAGAUCUCUUCCUGACCCCAACCCAGUCAUUUUGGUAGCUAAAACAAAAACAAGCAAAUGAGAAUGAGCUGUAGAAACAAUGCCCUUGACACAUGAAAACUGCAGCCUGUACAGCAAAACUAAGCGAAACAACAAGAGUCCUGCUUCCACUCCUCUUACAUCCUGAUGUGAAAUCUAUUGUUGUAAAAGUUAAAGCUCUUUCUCUUUUUUGCAUUUUUCGUUAGUGUAGUACCUGAACUUGUAUUAUACAAACCGGGGGUGUCCAGUCAGUCCUGGAGGGCCACAGUCCUGCAGGUGUAGAUGCUUGCUAACUCCAACACAUCUGAUUCUAAAAAAUGGCUCCCCUCAACAUCUUUUCAUCAAGUCCUGUCCAGUCAUGUUGACCAAUUACUCCACCACAGCAGGAAACAUCCCAAACAUGCAGGACAGCGACGGCCGGGGAAAGAUUUUUGGAAACUCUUUGAUCUAAACUUAAGUAAAGUCUUUCAGUGAAUUAAGUGGCAUCAGAGCUACUGUGUGAAUAAUUCUGUGUGUAAUUUUAGGAUCUUUAUCUUUAUCUAGCCUUUAAAUAGCUGUAAGAAAGUGAAAGUGAACAUUAAGGCUUUCAUCAACGGGCAGUUAAAAAUGGUGAUGCUUCAUUGCACACACACUCAUUUCCUGUGUAUUCUGGCAUGUGUAAAGCAUGUGUGAAUCCAGUCCAUGAUCUUUAAAGAAACACUACAUGAGUUUUCAACCUUAAAACUCAGUGCUUCUGAUAAGCCAGUAACUGGAUAUGAACAGACUGGCCAUUUUGAUUGCACUUGUGGGUGAAAUAAGGCAAGAGUCAACAUCAGACUGACUUUUACUGGCUGGAGAGAGCUCAGAAAAGAGACAGGAUGCAAAACUGAUGAUGAAUGAGCCGUUGUUAGGGGGCGAUAUCUGCCAAAUAGCAGUAUUACCGCUUUAACAAGAUUACCACACGCAUAAUCUGGGUCAUCCAAACAUCUACACCCUGGAAAAAAUUUUCAUAAAAGUUUGUUUACUUGACCCAUUUGCAUUUGCAUAUGGAUGA